GCCCGCAAGAAGACGUCUUGAGAUUGGAAUUAUCCAAACGUCGCUGCCCUAUUUUUCUCUCACUUAACCCAAUGAUACACAGACCCCAACCAUCGUAUCAUCGUCAAAAUCCCAGGUUUACCUAACAUAAAAUAUGUUGGGCUUGGCUUGGGUUUAGCUGGCUUGACUGGAAACCAUGUAACGACAAUUACUAUGAUUGUAGGUCUUGGAGUACCAUCACCCUAAAUUUGCAUGUUUUAUUGUCUGGUGCGUGCAAUUAAUUUUUUUUAUUUAUAAUUAAUAAGAGAUUUUUUUACUGAAAAGCCCAAAUACACAGGAAGUAUACAAAGGAAAUACCUACCACACUCUAGAAGCAGGAAAAAGACUAGUACAGAUUCAGUACAUAAUCAACGUCAUUCCUUACAAAAAUCAUAGCCCACAAACACAAAGUAGAAAAGAAAAAAUUCCGAAGUUCACCAAAAGAACGCACUGUCUUCAAAACAUCUCUUAUUCCUUUCCAGCCAAAGACACCACAUUAAACACAAAGGAAUCGUAUUCCAUUUGGAAGCUACACAUUUCCUUCCCGCAAAACCUCAUUCUAUAAAGACUUUGCCACCUCACAAUGAAGAAAGAGAUGAUUUACAGAUUCACCACCCUUCUUGCACAUGACACACCAACCAGCAAUACACAAACUACGUUUUUUAAGGUUAUCCGUGGUCAAAACUUUCCCUAGAGCAACCACCCAACUGAAAGUAAUAAGGAAAACUCUCUUGAUUGACCAAUCCUUGCUUUCUGUCAAAAAUCUUCUUUCCAUUUGGGUAGUUAGAUCAAAAGGAUUUCUCUAGGGUUCUAGUUCUGGAGAGAUUUUGAGAUUAUGAUUAUAGCAUCUCAAGAUGACAUUAGUACAGCAUUUUGGGGUACAACUUGGGUGGCUAUAAUUUGGAGAAUAAUUUUCAGUUGCACAAAGGGAAAUUCAAUACAUUCUUCUCGCGUUCUUGAUUUUGGGGGGAUUGAUCAAUCAGUUGGAUUUCACUUGGAGGAUGUUGCUGACCUGACUGGAAAUACCGUGAUUCAUUCGACAAGAGUAAGUGGGCAAGCAGUUGCAUCCUAUAUCCUUCAUAUUGGCACUUCUGAUAAGGCGACAAGUUCACUUGAUAUAAAUCCAUUUACUUUCCAAGCGGAGCGUCAGAGGUUGCCAUUAGAAAAGGGGUCAACUCUGGUUUCUAUAUCAAGUGGUCAUCUAGAGAACAGGGAAGAGCCUGCAAUGGCUGAUGCAAGUCCCGGGACUGAUAUCUCAACAGAUGUGGAUACAGAUGACAAGAAUCAGAGGUUUGAUGGCCAAUCUCUUGGUAAUGUAGCUUCUGAUUCUAGUGACAGAUCAAAGGAUAAAACAGAUCAGAAGACUCUCCGCAGGCUUGCUCAAAAUCGGGAGGCUGCAAGAAAAAGCCGAUUGAGGAAAAAAGCAUAUGUGCAACAGCUGGAGAGUAGUCGUUUGAAGCUGACCCAACUAGAGCAGGAGCUUCAACGAGCAAGACAGCAGGGAAUUUUCAUAUCAAGCUCGGGAGACCAAGCCCAUUCAAUGAGUGGAAAUGGGGCAAUGGCAUUUGAUGUAGAAUAUGGGCGGUGGCUGGAAGAGCAUAAUCGGCAAAUUAAUGAACUGAGAUCAGCAGUCAAUUCUCAUGCAAGUGAUACGGAGCUACGAAUUAUUGUUGAUAAUAUCUUGGCACACUACGAUGAGAUUUUUAGGCAGAAGGGCAUUGCAGCUAAGGCUGAUGUUUUCCAUUUGUUGUCUGGCAUGUGGAAAACACCUGCUGAGAGGUGUUUCUUGUGGCUUGGUGGGUUCCGAUCUUCUGAGCUCUUGAAGCUUCUUCUGAAUCAAUUGGAGCCUCUAACAGAGCAGCAACUGGUAGGCAUUACCAACUUGCAGCAGUCUUCGCAACAGGCGGAAGAUGCAUUAUCUCAAGGGAUGGACGCAUUGCAACAAUCCCUGUCUGAGACACUAUCCAGCGGGAAUCUUGGUUCCUCAGGUUCAUCUGGGAACGUUGCGAACUACAUGGGACAAAUGGCAAUGGCCAUGGGGAAGCUAGGGACCCUUGAGGGGUUCAUUCGCCAGGCUGACAAUCUCCGGCAACAAACGCUGCAACAAAUGCACCGUAUAUUGACAACACGCCAAUCAGCCCGUGCUCUCCUUGCAAUACAUGACUAUUUCUCCCGGCUACGUGCUCUUAGUUCCCUCUGGCUUGCCCGCCCAAGAGAAUGAACACCUUCUGCUUCACCAACGCUGACUGGUAAAAUUAUGGAUCCUGAAAAAAAAAAAAAAAAAAAAAAUUCUCACUUCAAAUUGACUCUAUGAUCCGGUACUCGGGAUACUCGGUCAUCAUUACAGUUUUUCUUUUCUAGAAUUUUCCUGUGUUGUAGUCUUAGAACUCCAGCGUAUCAUUGAUAUUAGUGUUCCCCUGUCCAUCAUGUUCACAAUCGUAUCAUCUAGAAAUGGUAUGGUUGGAUAAGCUACAUGUAUCUUGUUUGUUGUCAAUAAUAAUGUUACUUUUUAUUCUGUGUAA